AGAAAAGUCGUAUAAAUAAACUCUCGAGAUCAAAAUAACUCGUUUGCAUUAAUUGUACAACUAGCAUCCUGAUAACUAUGGAUUGAUCGACUGUGUUGCUUGUCAUACUCUAUUUUCUCGACACCAUAAUAGUAAUAUUUCGAGCCCUGUCCAAUUUGUCGGGUCCAUUUUUUUCUCUUUCUUUUCUUCAGACUGCUUCUUCGACUUUUUUUCCCCCCUUAGUUCAGCUCCAGCGGACCUCCCAGUUGCCUGCAAGCCACAGAACCCACGGACACUGCCGGGCUCUUGUCAGAACCCCGGUCUCCACUGGUCGUCGCGCUUAUCCACACUCCACCUGUCGAAGCUUGGGAAAAAGGACACAGUUGUUUUAUCUAAGCUUCUAGCCCCCGUGUAGGUUUGAGAGCUCCCCUCUAUUGUAAAAAGCCUCUAUCCCAAUCUAGCUCUCCGGGAAGUCGUUUUUAGUCUUUUAUUAUUUUCCAUUUUCCACUGCACUACGUUAUUUCGUACAUUCCUAGAGAGAAAACAACGAAACACCACGUUGGUUUUGUUUUCGCAUUCACUGAUCAGACUCGACCGCCUUUUUCGAUUACAACAGAAACUUGGCCCACCGACAGCCUCGCCGCUGCAUUCCCCAUAAGUUUGUCCACGCACACUAGCGAAGGAUACGGCUCGAAUCCGCGUUACACGCAGAAGCGCUCGACCACCUUGUAUUUUUUUGUGUGCGCUUGGCCGGCAACAAAGGACAAGCGAUACAAAUCUCCCGCUUGAUACAACAACCCGCUUGCACAAACUCCGGGUAGAGCUAGCAACAAUGUCGCAACGAGGACCUUCGGGCUACGGCAUACCGAAUGCCCCCAACCCUUUCGGAGGCCCAUCAUCACAGCCUGACGGCCAAGGCAGCGCCCUGGAUGCCAUCAGGGAGCAAACGAGCAAGAUCGAGGACAUGUUGGACUCGGUUUCGGAGCCCAUCAAGCCAUAUCUUCCAGCCAUCGGCCGCUUUCUUAUUGUGGUCACCUUUAUCGAGGACGCCCUGCGGAUAUUGACGCAAUGGAGUGAUCAAGUCUACUACCUUCGUGACUACCGUGGCUUCCCCAGGGGCUUCCCCCAGCUCUUCCUCAUCAUCAACGUUGUCGCCAUGGUCGUCUGCUCAGGAAUGGUCAUCACCAGGAGAUUCUCAGAGUAUGCCGUUGGCGGUCUCAUCGCCGUGGUUAUCACCCAGGCUCUCGGCUACGGUCUUAUUUUCGAUCUCAACUUCUUCUUGCGCAACCUGUCGGUCAUGGGUGGCCUGAUCAUGGUCUUGUCGGACUCUUGGGUGCGCAAGACCGUCAACUUUGCCGGCCUGCCGCAGCUUGAGGAGAAGGACCGCAAGAUGUACUUCCAGCUUGCCGGCCGUGUUCUGCUCAUCUUCCUCUUCAUCGGCUUUGUGUUCGCUGGCGAGUGGAGCAUCUGGAGGGUCAUGGUCUCCUCGUCGGCCUGGUUGCCUGCAUCAUGGUUGUUGUUGGAUUCAAGGCCAAGUUCAGCGCCACUCUCCUAGUCGUCAUCUUGAGCAUCUUCAACCUCUUUGUCAACAACUUCUGGACUCUUCACGAGCACCACCCCCACAAGGACUUUGCCAAGUACGACUUCUUCCAGAUCCUCUCGAUCGUCGGUGGCCUGCUUCUGCUCGUCAACAGCGGUCCUGGCCAGUUCAGCAUCGACGAGAAGAAGAAGGUUUACUAAAGAAAAAACGACGCAUCACACAAUUGGGGCUGCCAGGAAGGUUGGGGGAGGUUUUGCGGAGACCUGGUUCCCCUCUAUUACCUCUUCACGAACGCGGUACGGCGGCGGCGCAGGUCUGCUGCGGCGAUGGGGCAGUGGUUCCCCUGACUGGAUAUUUGCAGCAGGCGUUUGAUCUUUGUUACGAGGGGCUCUACCUUUGAACAUUGGGCUCAUUUUAGGGGGUUAGGGGGUAUUUUUUUUUAAAAAAAAGGAAAGAAAGAUGAUUCAAGCAGCACGGACGUCGGAUCACAUGGGUGUGGUCUGAAGAGCACGGAUUUGGGCUUGACGUUGGCAAACCGGGAGGGGAAGAAAUUCUAGCCCCAAACGAUACUCUACUCUUCAGCUUUGACGUUGCAGACUUGUGUAUAAAAAUUCAAUUAAACAAAGAUGUUAUGAUUCUGUUUCAAACCCGCGUGUCAGUUGGCGCAAGUGAUCAACCUAGAGAGAA